AGAAAAGAAAACACAUACAAAAUAGAAAAAGGGAAAUUAGCCAACGUAGCCUUGAGCUCAGUUGGCGCAAUUCCGAAGUCCCGCCAUGGAAGCAACGCCUUACUGCACUCGUCUUCUCCGUCCCCCGCUGCUCCAUUCUGUAGCUUCAAAGUUUCCAGUUGCUGCAGCUUAUGACGUCCAAUUCUGUCAUUUCAAGUUUGGUAGAUCUACCCCUGUGAUCAAUUUCAACACUUCAAAAUUCAAGGGAAGAAAUAAUGUGUUAUUGAAGAGGCCUUUGGUCUCUAAAGUGAACCAAAAGUCAUUUGAUUGUUUCUCAAAUCAGUGCCAAAACAGCCGUAUGAAUGUCAAGGCAACAUCUGAGCAAUGUCUAGACCUUGAAACUUUUUCACAGGAAUCAAAUGAUGGGGAUGCUUUUCUUACUUCUUCCAAUGGCACUAACUUUGAUAUAUGGAAACCUAAGUCCAGAGCAUUUAGAAAUAGAUUCUUGAACCUUGUACGUCUUCGUUCUGUUCUCAACAAUGCUGCUGAAUCAUUUUUUAAAAGUGAAAUACGGCGAAGGUUGUUUGUAACAGCAGUCCUAAUUGUUAUAAGUCGUGUUGGAUACUUCAUUCCUCUUCCUGGGUUUGAUAGGAGGUUGAUACCACAAGAUUACCUUAGCUUUGUUUCUGGAUCUGUUGAUGAACUCGGUGAUUUUACUACCGAGAUGAAAAUGUCUUUUUUCCAACUGGGCAUCAGUCCUCAGAUUAUAGCAUCAAUCAUCAUGCAGGUACUCUGUCACAUUUUACCCUCUUUAGUAAAGCUGAGAAAAGAAGGCUUGGAUGGUCAGGAGAAGAUCAAGAGUUAUAUAUGGUGGAUGUCACUUGGCUUUGCAAUAUUGGAGGCUUUAGUACUAUCUUGUUACUCACUACCAUACUCUGUCUAUGUAGCUAAUCACAGAGUUAAGCAUGUGAUGGUAACAUCUUUCUUAUUGGUUUGUGGUGCUAUGACAAUAACAUGGAUAUGUGACACAAUCUCAGAGUCUGGAUUUGGUCAAGGCUCUUCUCUAAUUAUUUGUGUUGGAAUACUGACGGGCUAUACAGAGACAUUGUACAAAAUGUUGUCUCAGCUGUCAGGAGGUGCUGUUGUUUGGUGGCCUUACGUGCUUGCCUUAUUGGGCAUCUUUACCGUAGUUACAAUGUGGGCCGUUGUUGUUACUGAAGGUUGCAGGAAAAUUAAACUGCAGUAUUAUGGUUUUAAACUUGCUUCAGCUGCAAGAGAAGACUCACCAAUCACUGAAGUAGAGCCUUAUAUACCUUUUAAUAUCAAUCCUGCUGGGAUGCAACCAAUUCUCACGACCACUUAUCUCUUGGCGUUUCCCAGUAUACUUGCCAGCCUCCUAAAUUCGACAUUCUGGGAGCAUGUAAAGGAGAUACUGAACCCUGAAAGUUCUAUUGGUGCAGAGCCUUGGGUUUAUUACUUAAUAUAUGCGGUUUUUGUAUUCUUGUUCAAUAUAUUUGACAUUGCUAACCUGCCAAAAGAGAUUUCAGACUAUUUAAAUAAGAUGGGAGCAAGGAUACCGAACAUUAAACCAGGGAAAGCUUCUAUAGAGUACCUAACGAAAAUUCAAGCAUCAACACGCUUUUGGGGAGGGCUACUGUUGAGUUUUUUGGCAACGACAUCAUCUGUUCUUGAUCAUUACUUACGCAGUGUUAAUGCCGGUUUUGCAAUUGGUUUUACAUCAGUUCUGAUUAUUGUUGGUUCCAUUAUUGAACUCAGAAGAUCUUACCAAGCAUAUAAUGUCAUGCCAAGUUUAAGCAAUGCUUUGAGGCGCUAUGGUGUAUAACAAGUUCAAAUGAUGCUCCUAGUGGUUCUGUAUUUGUGCCUCAAAAGUAUCCAAUAAUCUCUUUCAAGUAUAAUUGUCUGAUUCCUCCUGGCUCGUAGCUGGACUAGAACAGAGCCUUUCAUCCCUUCCUCAAUUCUUUUUUAGUGCUGAGGACUGCAGAGUUUCAGAAUAGUGGCCAUCCAUAACAAUGUAUACCCACACAAGUACCAAGAAAAUUUUGAUCCUCUGGUCUUUCAAACAUCUAGCGAACAAGGGACACAAGCAUUGGAAUGUCAAAGAUGCUAAUCAUGAGUGUAGCUGCAAGAUCUUAUUCUUGAGCCUAAUUUUGACCAUUUUCUCCCUAUUUUGUAUAUAUAAAUUAUGUAAUAUGAAUCUUAACAUAUUUAUUAGAUUAUAGGUACAUCGGUGCUGUAAUAAAGAACUCCGUUCAGUUCUUGGAUUUAUCAAGUACCAUUUUAGAUCUUAACUUCA